AUGAUGGCACAUGUGCUGGAAGGGAACACUUGUCCCUGGGUGUGUUUCAUUAUGCAGCUUCAGGCCAAUACAUGUUUGCUUGUGGCAAAGACUGCAGAGUGUGGAGCACAGUACAUCAGACUGGACCUUGAUGGAGAAGAGGACUUUAAUGAGACUAUGCUGACUGAGCCUCCAAGUAGGAUUGCUGGGGGAAGUGUGGUGUAUCCAGGGGAGUUUCCAUCAAUAGUGAGUUUGCAGACCAGGACACCAACAGGACAGUACCAACACACUUGUGGAGGCACUGUGAUUGAUGAAAGACAUGUCCUCACAGCUGCCCACUGUGUCAUGGGAAGAAUGGCAACAAGGAUCAGCAUAGUUUUCAAGGAACAUGACCUUUCAAGACCAGAGGCAGCUGCUGAAUACAGGGUGUUCCCCACCAAAAUCAUCACACAUUCCAAAUUUGACUUCAAGACAUUUGCCCAUGACAUUGCCCUCCUGAGGUUUGAUCCUCCUUUAAAGUUUCAUCAGGACCCAUUUGUGAGCCCUGUGUGCCUGCCUGGGCCAGCUACCAAGGGCAUUGCCAGGCCAGCUUUCACCUUUGCCCACAAGCCUGCAACUGUUGCUGGUUGGGGUAAAAUGUCUGAAGGUGGAGAGCUGUCAACAGUGUUGCAGAAAGUAACAGUACCAGUGCUGACCAACCAGGCUUGCAAGACACUCUUGAAUGGUCAUGUUAAUAUCCAAGAUGGCCACUUGUGUGCUGGUUGGUCCAGGGGUGGACAAAGUGCUUGUCAAGGAGAUAGUGGAGGUCCUCUCUUCUACCAUGAUCAAGAUGGCCACCUGUUGGUCAUAGGGAUUGUAUCAGCUGGGGUGGGGUGUGCCAGAGCACUUUCUCCAGGUGUCUACACCAGGGUUUCUGAGUAUCUUGACUGGAUCAGGGACAAUGUGGAAGCUGAGCAGUGAUGAAAUCUUGACCAAUUACAGAGUAUAUUUUUCUACCCACUACAUUCAACAGACAUGUCUUACCAUUUACACAUCACAGAAUGAAAAAAAAAAAAAA